CGAAAUGUCAUAGUGUCAGAUUCAGGUGUUAGAUGUUUAUUUUUAUUGAUAAAAAAUAGCUCAUAAAAUUCUAAUGGCUCUUGUUCUUCCAUAUUAUAAAUUACAGUGGCUAAAGUGUAAGAGAUUAAUGUGAGGUACGUAAAAUGUCGAUGGAAGCCAAUACAUCGAUCCAUAUUGAAAAUGCCAACGUCGCUGAUAGUAUGAAAGAGAAUGGGACAAAGAACUUUAAAUCAUGCGAUUCCGGAUUCGAAAACUCAGAUACGACUUAUGCUGUUCCUGUUUUAUCGGAUGACAGUAAUAUACCCUCCGAGACAAAUGUAGAAAAUAUUAAAUAUCCUAUAGAAGUAAAUGUCGAUGCAUGCGACAUUGGUGCCCUGGAAAACGACGGUAGCUCUGAAAUAUCAACUCCUACAUCUCUGUCCUCUGAGGAUAAUGCUGUUAACGCUUUUGAAGUAAGUUCCUCCAAUAAAAAUGACAUGGAUCACGUAGGGAAUAUUAAUAAAAAUAAUAUUGAUGAAAAUGACCAAAUACAAGUUACUAAAGACUAUAGCCCUCAUAAUGAAGUAAAAAACGAUGCUGUAGAUAGUAUAAAAGAAUCGAUUAGCUUAGAAAAUAGUAAUUCAAACAGUGAAAAUAAAAUAACGAUGUCAACAUGUAGCCUAUAUGAGCCAAAUGAACCAAAAACUACUAUAAAUCUAACUUCGCUCAGCCGUAGUGCUGAUAAUAUUUCCGCUUACGACACAACGAACGAAAAUGUUGACAAUUUAAACACCAAAGACCUUGAUCAAGCGAAAAUUCUCUCUGAAUUCAUAAGCCAAAAAAAUAAAGUGAACGCAACUCAAAAAAUUGUUCUUGAUAAUCCACAUAUAGAUGCUAGAUACGGUAGAUUACCAAAAGAAAUACUGUCUCAAGAUCUAGGUAGUAUUGUUAAAAAUGUGCAUGGAAUAUUCAGCUCUGUUAGCGGUAGCUUAAAAAAUGCCUACAAUAACAGUCACAGAGUAGCACAGAAGCCCCAAGUGAAAGCUGUUAAACCAGUAGCCAACGGUAGAAUAAUGAAUGAGAUAUUUGAAUUUACGGAUGAAAAAGCUACUGAUGUUACAAAAUUGCAAAACAGUGAAAAUUUAUGCUCGGAAUCUGUUCCUAUAACAAAUGUUCAAGAAUCAGAACAAGAUGGUAAUGAUAGUAGCAGCGAAAUGUUGAAGUUACAGAUAGAGUCCCUAGAAAGGGUUUUGUUUGAACAGAGGAAGGAAAAUGCAUCCCUCUGGGAGAGAGUGAAGCAGCAAUGUGAUGAACUACAAGCGAAAGAUCAAACAUUUAAAGAAUUGGAGGCUAAAGCGGAUCUGAUGUGUAAACGGGCAGAACAGGCUCAGAAAGAAAAAGAUGCAGCGGUAAUGCGCUACGCAAGCACUGAAUGCGCUGCUAUCGAAGCAAAAAAAGCAGCAGAAGCGGCAACUAAGUCAGAACGGGCAGCUAUAGUGGAAAAAGAUUUGGCAACUGCUAAACUCAAGACAGCCAGAGAAGAAAAGCAGAGGAUUUGUCAGCUGUAUGAUGAUAAGUGUCACGAGCUACAGAACAGCGAACGCGAAGUGUCCAAAGUGCGUGAAGAGUUGAAGGAGAUCGAGGGACGCUUGAAAUGGACGCAGAGUAAGCUGAGGAUGGAAAUGGACGUUUGCAAGGAGAGCCAAGAAAAAGUUGAAAAACUGACACAGCAAGUCGCAGAGUUAGAAGCGGCGAAGGAAGCGGCCAUCGUUAACGCGGCCGACUCAGUUCGGGCUAAACAAUUAGAAUCAGAUUUAAAGGAGAGUCAAGCUUCACUCAUACUAUGUAGACACGAAAGAGAAGAUCUGGAAAAGCGACUCAAUACAGCGCUACAGCAGCUGGAUACUUGUAAGAAAGAGAGGGAUGAAGCUAGUACAGCUCUCGCUCUAGCUAAAGAACAGAUCGAGUCUCUCCAGCAGAGCAAUAUCCGUUUGGAAGAGGAGGCAGCUGAACUGGCUGCUCUGAGGGCUCAGGCUGCGCUUGCAGACACACUAAGCACCCAGCUACAGCGGGAGACGGAGCGUGCCUGGGCGGCGGAGCAGGCUCUAAGCGCGGAGCGAGCGCGCGCGGAGACUUGUGCGCGGCGAGAGGCAGCCGCGCUGGAGCACGCCGCGCGCCUCACCGCCGCGCACGUGCACGAGCGCGCGCGCGCCGCCGAGCACGAGGCUAAGGCUCAAGCCCUUGCUGCCGAUAAUAUUUCACUCCGGGAGACCGUACAAACUCUGGAGGAGGAAGCUGGUAGGUUGAGGGUGGCUCUGGAAGAUGAGAGCGAUCGACGGAAUAAAGAAAACAGGGUGCUGGCUAGGAAGGUAGCAGAACUGACAGAGGAAGUAGCGGAGGCGAACAAAAAGUUAGAAUUCGAACAAGGUGAAAAUAAUGUUUUGAAAAAGAAACAUUCGAGUGCCAUAAAGGAAUUAAAUCGUGAGCUACAUCGAGCCAUGAAGCGGAUAGAGAUACUUGAAGCAAAGUUACCACAAACAGACUCCACGUCGACCAGAACAGGUUCAGUUUCAUCACUGAGCAGUAGUGACAGUCCACAAGAAGAACGCGUACAAAACGGACAUACAGAUACGCUGCCAGAUGUACAGAUUAAAGGUCCGAGCUUUGAUAAAUUAUAUUCUAAGCUCGGUCCCCCGCAGCCGGACCGGCGCGCGCUGGUGGAGCGCAUCGUGUCCCUGCAGCGCGCCGCCGCCGCGCGCGCCGAGCGCUGCGAGUUCCUGCAGGAGCACUGCGCGGCGCUCACCCGCGAGCUGCGGCGCAAGACUCGCCUGCUGCGCGUGGCGCUGCCCGCCCUGCCGCCGGCCGCGCUCGCCUCGGGCGCCUCCGAGCGGCACAAGAGUGAGAUAGCCCAACUCGGGGGGGGUGCCAUGGCGGCGGUCUGGGGGGGAGAUCCAGGUGGGAUGACGCUGGAACUGUCGCUGGAGAUGAACAAGCGUCUCCAGGCCGUUCUGGAAGAUACUCUGCUGAAGAAUAUUACGCUUAAGGAGAAUAUGGACACAUUGGGCGAAGAAAUAUCGAGGCUACGUGAGCAGGUCAAAUCGUAUGAAAAUAAAUGAAUAUUAUUCAUUAUUAUAAUUUAUUGUGGUCUCAUCGUCGCUUUCUCUCACGUGUUUAUUAGUUUUUCUUUUAUAUACAUACCGUUAGGUUCA